AUGAUGAGAGGGGAGGGAAGUCGCGUCGCCUGAGCGUCGCUCUGCGUGUAUGGGGGGUUUGGCUAGAGGAGGCGCGGCGCACUCUGCCCUCUCCAUACCACCUGUAUGGAUGACCACUUUAAACUAAUCGACUCACCACGCUCGGUGAGACACAGAGGCAACAACGUUGAGAACCACGGUUACUUCGAGACGGAGAAGGGCGUCAUGACUGUCGAGAACAUGUUGGAGGAGUCAGUGGCACUUUCGAGCCACCUGUCCGUGGAUCGAUAUGAGCGAGAGCGUGGACGCGAUUGCUGCGAGAGGGUGGUUAUCAACAUUUCAGGUUUACGCUUCGAAACUCAACUCAAAACUUUCAACCAGUUUCCGAAAACGUUGCUCGGGGACCCUAGAAAGAGAGUGCGUUACUUUGACCCACUGAGGAACGAGUACUUCUUCGACAGAAACCGACCCAGCUUUGAUGCCAUUCUCUAUUAUUACCAGUCAGGAGGGCGCAUACGUAGACCUGUUAACGUGCCUAUUGACAUCUUUUCUGAGGAGAUCAAUUUCUAUCAACUCGGGGAAGAGGCUAUGGAAAAAUUCCGAGAGGACGAAGGAUUCAUAAAAGAAGAGGAACGUAUUUUACCCAAUAAUGAAUUCCAAAAGCAGGUUUGGCUUUUGUUUGAAUACCCUGAAAGCUCUGGGCCAGCUAGGGGAAUAGCUAUCGUCUCAGUGCUUGUCAUUUUAAUAUCAAUUGUUAUAUUCUGUUUAGAGACCUUGCCUGAGUUUCGGGAUGACCGGGAACCUAUCCCGUUAGCACUUACAGUCAAUGGGACGGCCUCCUACCACGCAAAUCCAUUCACCGACCCUUUCUUUGUUAUAGAAACACUUUGCAUAAUCUGGUUCUCUUUUGAGUUGCUGGUCAGGUUCUUCGCGUGCCCUAGCAAAUCCACGUUCUCAAAAAAUAUAAUGAACAUCAUCGACAUUGUUGCCAUAUUUCCCUACUUCAUCACUUUGGGGACAGAACUGGCUGAGAAGCAGGGUAACGGUCAGCAAGCCAUGUCCCUGGCCAUUCUCAGAGUGAUAAGGCUCGUGAGAGUCUUUCGCAUCUUCAAGCUCUCCAGGCAUUCUAAGGGCCUACAGAUCUUAGGGCAGACGCUAAAGGCAAGCAUGAGGGAGCUUGGACUGCUGAUAUUUUUUCUUUUCAUUGGAGUUAUCCUUUUCUCCAGUGCUGUUUAUUUUGCCGAAGCCGAUGACCCAUCCUCCAGUUUCACAAGCAUCCCAGAUGCGUUCUGGUGGGCUGUGGUCACCAUGACUACUGUCGGAUAUGGAGACAUGCACCCUGUGACAAUUGGUGGCAAAAUUGUUGGGUCAUUGUGUGCUAUUGCCGGAGUGUUGACUAUUGCUCUCCCUGUGCCAGUUAUUGUCUCCAACUUCAAUUACUUUUACCAUAGGGAGACUGAUGGAGAAGAGCACGCACAGUACUUGCACGUCAGCAGCUGCGAGCACCUACCCUCAGCCACAGAGGAGCUGAAAAGGACUCGUAGCACGUCAUCUCUGAGCAAGUCAGAAUAUAUGGUUAUAGAGGAGGGCAUCAACAGUGGGUAUAAACAGCCCAACUUCACCAAUGAGAAUAACCAAAACUGCGUGAACAUCAAAAAGAUAUUCACGGACGUGUAAAUGCUUUCAUUUUAUAUGAUGGAGAUAUAGAGUUGACUACUAUUUUUUUCUAUGAUAUCUAAACUAAUCGUGAUGUGUCGGUACAUAUCUGUCAGGUGGAGUGUGCUAGUGUGUCACACAGGUUGCAAAAAGUACUGUGAUCUUACAAUUCGUCCUUGGAGUCCAAAACAGGUGUUGAUGUUCGGUAGUUCGGUAGGUUGUAAGUGUUGCAUAUUUAUUCCCGAAUCGAAACAGUGUUGUCGUUGUGUUUUUUGAGGGGAAACGUUCGUUGGCUUAUCAGUGUUCAGUCUUGUCAUGAAUAGCAAUACAAUAUAAUAUACAAUGUCUGUAGGAUGUUGCUUACAUCGGAUGAUGACAAACAUAGGCUAUGCCUGAAUGGGCAACAUAUGCGUAAUGGAAAUAUCAUGGACAUACAGUAUCAUAGCCUACGGGAGCAGGCUUUUAGCAUUACAGCCAAUACCAAAUAAACAAGAAAAUGAAAGUACCAAGACUCGGGAAUGUCUUUGAUAAAAUAUCUCCAUGUAAUUUGAAUGUAUCAUUACCCAUUAAAUGGGCUAAAAUAAUUGUAUAGCCUACAAUUGAUAGUGGUAUAAAUUAUUGGUAAUAAUUGGAUCUGGUCAUAAUUCCAUCCAAAGACAUCGUCAGAACUACAUGGAAUUUAUUUUCCUACAAAACAUGACUUCCAAGACUAUUUCCAUCAUGGAGGAUAGUGUGAGCACAAUGAUGAAGACAUGAACACAUUGCAUAUAAUGCGCGCGGAUGGAAGAAAGAAGAACAGCAAAGUCCCGCCUCCUGCAUGCCACUUAGCCUUGUGAUGCAGUCUCCAUGACGACUACAGUUUCCUGGGUAACCCCGUUAAUGUUACCAUGGUAUCACUCUGCGUUUUCACAGAAACCCUCCAGAUGGAUCAGCAGCCCGCCUUGAAAGAGAGAGCAGAGCCCUCCGUGAGUCUUAAUAUGAUAAACAUGUAGACCUAAUGAAACAACGUUUAAAAAAUCUGCAAAAAAAGAAA